AUUACCCGACAAAAUUGUCAUAAGUUUACUUUGAUUUAUUUUUUCUUCAAAUACUGGCUUGAUUUUCAUUUUUCACCGGACUUUUUUUAGCUAGAAUAAGCCUAAAUAUAUACAUGUAAUUGAUAAAAGGCAGUUGAUUCCUGUUGUAUUCUUUAAAAUAUGUUAUAUUAGAUAUAAAUGAUCAUUCAACGUUUCUAUGGCGGACAUGUCAAAUAGUUCCGAUAUAAAAUAAUAAAACAGCUGAUCUGUCGACGUGCAAAUGAAAUGCUAUUUGAAAACAAUCGGUGUCACUGCUCGCUUGUUUUAGAGCUUUUUGUCAGGAGGGCCCGCGUAUUAGCAUUGCGGGGUUAUCGUCAACAUGGCAAGAUUCCACUGGGUAAUAUCUGCCUCUGCACUCCUGGCAUUCACCUGCAGUGUAGUUGCCCCUCCUCCAAGAAAGCAGCCAGAGCCCAAACCAGCCCCAGAUGAUGACCCAAACCUCAAUGAGGCUACUCUGGGCUUGGAGUACAGAAGCUACUUAGAAGAGAUCGUCAAAGUACUAGAAGAGGAUCCUCAGUUUAAAGUUAUACUUGAUAAUGCGACAGAACAAGAAAUAAAGUCGGGCGCGGUGGCCGACAAGCUGCACGUGGUCGACCCGUCCAUCCGCUCCCGACUGGACGAACUGAAGCGGAUAGAGCUGGAGCGGCUGCGGCGAAAGGCCACCGAGGCGUACGAGCUGUCCAACGGGCUGGACCGCGAGGCCAUCAAGGAGCCGCUGCACCUGGAGCACCGGAACCCGCACACAUUCCGGGAGGAGGACCUGCGCCGACUGGUCAGAAAGACUGCUCACGACCUUGAAGAGUUGGAUCGCAAGCGACAUGAGGAGUUCAAGAAGUAUGAAAUGGAGAAGGAGUUUAACCGUACCCGGGAGUUAAAGAAGAUGGACAAACAGCACCGAGAAGAGGCCGAGAAGAAACAUGAAGAGGAGGUGAAGACGCACAAACAACAUGAAAAGGUGCACCACCCCCUCAGCGAGGACCAGCUGGAGGAGGUGUGGGAGGAGCAGGAUCACAUGGACAAGGACGGCUUCGACCCGGAAACCUUCUUCAGGAUGCACGACGUGGACGGUAACGAGCAGCUGGACCCGGUGGAGACGAUGGCGCUCUUCAAGAGCGAGCUGGACAAGUUGUACAACAGCAGUGACGCGGACCCGCGCGAGCGGGAGGAGGAGAUGAACCAGAUGCGCGAGACCACCUACAAGGAGGUGGACACGGACCAGGACGGGCUUAUCAGUUUGGAAGAGUUUAUGGCCAGUACUAAACACGAGGACUACAAACACGACCAGGGCUGGGAGGGCAUUCCGGACCGCGAGCACGAGUUUGAACAGAAAGAGUUUGAUGAGUACGCUCACCACCGUGAGCAGGAACUGGGUGAGCAGGACCACCACGAGUCGGAGGAGCACCAUGACGACCAUCCUGAGGCACACCCUGACCAGCCGCAGCUGAGCCUGCCCAUUGGAAACCCGCCGCAGCCGUACCACCAGCAGCAGCAGCAUGGACAGCCGCAGCAGCAGCAGCAGCAGCAGCAGCAGCAGCAGCAGCAGCAGCAUGGACAGCCGCAGCAGCAGCAGUUGUACGCCAGCCAGCAGCAGGGUAUACCGCUCCAGCAGCAGGGCGUCCCUGUCCAGCAGCAACAGGGCACGUACCAGCAGGGAGUCCCCGUACAACACGGAGUGCCCGCACAGCAGCAGUACGGGGCUCCACCACAGCAGCACGGAGCUCCUGUGCCGCAGCAGGUGGUGCCUGGCCAACAACAAUACGGCGCCCCGCCGCCUCAGCAAGGAGCGCCUAUCCAGCAACAAUAUGGAGCUCCCGUGCAACAGCAGGCAGCUCCCUCACAACAACAUGGAAUCCCGGCACAACAGCACGGAAUUCCGGCACAACAGCACGGAAUCCCGGCACAACAGCACGGAAUCCCGGCACAACAACAGGGAAUCCCGGCACAAGGAGCUCCUGUGCCGCAACAGGGAAUGCCAGGUCAGCAACAUCACUAACAGCUUGAAAUGCAUUUGUUUUAAUGCAGUUGUUUACUAGACCUUUUAUCAUGAUCAUUGACCAAAGCGAACAAAUGACAUUUGCGAUAUUACGAGCUUAACGUAACGAUAUAUGACUUCUUAUUUUUGCAUCCAUCGCUACUGCUUCGCGAGCUUCACGAUUCACCUCAAGGUCGGAAAGUCUACCGUGUCAAAUCUAUCAAAUCUACGGAAAAUCCACUAAGUCAUUCCACGUAGCGUCCGUAGUGAAGUAGUCAAGUGAAACGCAAAAUAUGUCAUGGCACGAAGUUAUCCUAAUGUACGGAGUUUCUACCUCGCCUCUGUGAUAAAAGAACGAAUCUCAACCGGGCCAGAUAUUACAGCCGUGUAGCAUGGCUACUGUCAUUCCUAAUUAAUAUUUUUUUAUUGUUGCAUAAUUUAAAUGUAAAUCUCCCAUAUGCGAUAUUUUUGUGGUGCAAUACUGAUUUGCAAAUCUGACGUUACAUAGAAAGAAAGUGGCAGUCAUAAAUUUAUACGGUUUCGUUUACUUUAUAUGUAUGCCGUUUUAUGGGGUAGGUAACAUAUAAUUGUUAUGAAUGGUGGUGUUUCUUACCUUUCUAUUUCUAAGUAUCUUAUCGAUACAAUAUAUUGGUAUGUGUGCAAUAUAAUAAGAAAUGAACUAUCUUUUUAUAUGACGACGUAGAAGUCUAUAAACACCUAUUUAUGGAAAAGGCCUCUUGUCCUUUAUUUUCAUUGAAGUGUGUUGUUGAUCAUCGCUGUGUGGUGUUGUUACGGGUUGGCAUACGCAUGCUGCUAAUUGCUGUCAUGGGCCGGGCUUUUGUUUUCCGCAUAGUGUGCUCAAAUGGGUAUUUGUUCCGAUGGGGUUGCUGGUAAGUGGUAUCUGUGUUUCAUAUUCGGUAACAACAUGGAAAAAUAAGGUGGUGUGGGGUAUGGUGGAAGUCUAUUGCAGGGCUUUCAUUCCGUACGACAUGUGAUGUCCGUCAAUAUUUGUGAGCCAUAUAAUGGUAAUAAACGGAGGACACCCUA